AUGUCAAAAACUAAAAAAUGGGGAGUACAUGAAAAAUCACCAAAAGAAUCAAAAUGGUUUACUCAUAAUGGAUUUUCAAAUACUAAUCCAACAAAAAUUAAAAAAAAUGGUGCUGGUAAAAAUAAUUGGGGUCAACCUGGUGAUGAAAUUGAUAUGAAAAUGAUUAAAAAUAAUAAUAAUAAUGAAAGAGCAAGAAGAAAUUCAAAUCAUGAUUUAAAUGAAAUGAAAUUUAAUAAAUUGAAUGAUGCAAUUGAUGCAAAAUUUUAA